ACAGGAAGUAGUUUGAAUUUUCGUAAAACACAGCAGACAUUAAAUGCUGUAAAGCAUAUCAAGCUUUUCAAGAAUGGGAGUAAAAGGUCUUCAGAGCUUUAUGGAGCGUUGCUGUCCAGAGGCCUGUGUAACAGUGAAUUUGAGAGAGAUGGCUAGACAACAUGUUGCCAAAAACCAUCAAGGUCCCACUCUUGUUGUGGAUGGCAUGUCUUGCCUUUCCCACUGGUACUCGUGUAAGGACUGGGUGUGUGGGGGCCAAUGGAGGGAAUAUGUGGAUAUCCUAAAGAGAUGGGUGGAGGCAUUCACCUCUGCAGACAUCAGAUUGGUCUUUUUCUUUGAUGGAGUGGUAGAAGAGCAGAAAAGACAAGAGUGGGUAAAGAGGCGACACAGAGUGAACAGGGAUGUAUCAAAAAUAUUCAGUCAUAUCAAAGAAUAUGGUGAGCAGCCUGACAGGCUGUCUUGCCUGCCAUCCAGUUUGGCAACAUUCACACCUUAUGCCCUCAGGUCAUUGGGACAGGAAGUGUUUUGCUCAGUGCGAGAGGCAGAUUAUGAGAUUGCCAGCUAUGCUUAUCAGCAUGACAGCAUGGGCAUUCUGGGACAGGACUCAGACUUCAUCAUAUAUGACAGUGUCCCUUACUUGUCUGUGGCAAAGCUACGGAUCAACAGCCUAACCACUAUCAUGUACGACCGGCAGAGGCUCUGCAGAAACAUUGGUCUGGCUGUUACUCAGCUACCUCUGCUGGCCUGUCUCCUCGGUAACGAUGUGGUGUCAGAAGAGCACAUGCAGCAUAUCAGGAACAAUGCCAUGACAAUAUACAGGAGGACCAGUUCAGCACCAUCUUCUGGUGCACCUCGAGAUCAUGUGGUGCAGGCUGUAGCCCAGUUUGUGAACUCUUUGUGUAGUCCAGAGGAUGAACAAAAUGAACUUGUCCCACAGUCUCUGAAUGCUCCAACUCCUCUUAAAGAGCUACUCAUAAAGGGGAUCUGCUCUUAUUUACUACCCGGACAGAAAGGGUUUGAGAUAGUUGACAUUUCUGCUCUUCCUUCUGCAUUUGAGAAACUUGUUAGUCCUGAAAUAUUAAAGGUAUGUAGAGAGAAGCAUGUAGCCGCGGAUGGUUUUAUGGUUUACAGCGUUGUGUGCGCUGGAGUCACAGAAUGCAGCAACUCUCUGGAGGAUGAGGAGGACACUGAACUGCUUCCUCAAGCUCUCGUCUACAAGUAUUGUAGACAACGCAUCUAUGGCUUGUUGCUCUUGCUUGGACAAGAAAGUCCCUCCGUUGAUUAUCCAGUAAUCAAGGAAUGGUUUGUCUAUCCUGGAAAUCUUUUAAAAGAGGCUGAUAUAGUCCAUCCUGUCCCUGUCCAUCUCCCAUAUGGUGAACCCAGUCUGGACUUCUUGUGGCUCAGCACUGGUCCAGAGGUUUCAGCUCUUCGCCUUACAGCUUUCCUUUCAAUUUUUGACUGCCUUGAGUUUUCUGACUUGUAUGGUGCGAUUGAAGACUCUCUCCUGGCUGCUCUUUGUUUGAUCACAUACAUAGUCCUACAGGUACAAACCUUGUCUCACGAAGACGUAGACGCUUACCUGAGUCAGGCGGUGUGUAUGAGGCUGAAAUCACCCCUAGAGCUUCAGCAGAUUGAGCUGCCUCUGUUUUCAAGUCGGGCGGUGCAGCUGGGAUCUCUCUAUGUCCGAGGACUGAGCCACCUGGUGGGUGCUAACAAUGCCAGCGGCUGUCCGCUGCCCAGUGCUGCUCUCAUGCCUUGGCACAACUUCGACGGACAGCUCUUCCACUCAAAGUACCUGCUGGCACACAGUGGUGUGGAGAAAACAGAGCUGCUGGACAGCGAUCUGUCUUGCCUUUCUCAGUUUCUCCAGCUGAAGGAGAAACUUCUGGAAAUGUGCAGGAAGAGAGGCCGAAUUCUGCAAUCUAAACCCAGAGCACCGCAGAAAAGUGUUAAACCUGCCCCUGGAGUUCGAAACAAAUCUGCCUACUCAGGUUUUUCUCAAAAUGUUGGUGGGGACUGGAGAGGAAGAGGAGCGAAAGCAGGACAUGGAUGGAGGGAAAGAGGGGAGGAAAGAAGACCAUGGGGUAGAGGAGGACACAGAGGAGGAGGUCACAGAGGAGGAGGACAACCUUUUCAUCGUUUUCAUCCUUCCUCUUAUGAAGAACGACCCGUGGACAUGAGCCAACCUCCGAAACAUUUCAGCGGCCGAUCAUAUCCCGAAAGAGGAAGAUACCAACGAGCUCCAACGUGGCCACAUCCUCCUGCUCCUUGAAUAUAAGUAAACCUUUAAGAGAGGAACUAAGGAUGAAAGUGGAGGACUUGGAGAAAAGAGGAUGGAAAAGGCAUGUUGAAAAGCCAGAUGGAAUCACAUCUCUCUGGACAAACUGACUGGUGAACAACCUGUUGGCAUUGUUUAUGUAAAGAAUGGUGGAGGAAGAAAAACAAGGUCUAACAGAGGCACAGUGUCCUGGAGUUUCAGAGUUAAAUCUGAAAAAAUAAAAUAAAUCCUGCAAAGAUAGCACUGAAAUGAGCACACAGACGUCCCUUUAUCUCACGUCAAUUUUCAUGACACUCUGGGAAAAAAAUAAAAUAAAGAAGUCAAACAAACUCGCAAUGCACCACUUCAGAUUUGAACUGAGAAGUAGAUUAAUGGAUAAUCCUGCAACCUUUUAUCUUUGACAGUAACCAAGAAGAAAAAUCCC